CGUCACAGUUUCUUUAUCAUUUCGGUGGCAAACUUAACGUAGCAUGGCCGUCGUAUGGAAGUAUUCACAGUUUUACUUCCACAAAGAAUACGCGAUAAACAUUUCACAGAGCGAAUUACGAAAGACAUUUUUAAAUAAAUUCUUUACGCGAGUGAGAUAAUAAGUAAACAUAAGUGUUUGUUUUACAAAUUAAUUAUUUGAAAAGGUGUUGAUUCGACCUAUAUUAAUUUUUUUUUUCUAACUUCUCCAUCAACAAAAACUCAAAAUGUGGUUAGUUAGCCAGCCAAAUUCUGUGAUUUUGGAAGUCAAGGUGGAUCCCAACUCUAUUGGACAACAGUGCUUAGAAAAAGUAUGCGAGAAGCUCGAGAUAGGUGCAGAAGCGGACUACUUUGGUCUCCGUGUCUGUUCUGGUUCUGGACCCGGAAGAUGGGUGAAUCUCCGCAACCAUAUGGAUCCCCACCGGAUCCCAAGCCGUCGUCUCGACUUGCGUGUGAAAUUUUGGGUCCCUCCGCAUCUGCUCAUAAAUGAGCCCACUCGGCACCAAUUUUACCUUCACGCGAAAUUGGACCUUAUUGAAGGUAGAUUGGUUGUGGCCGACCAAGAAGUGGCUCGCAGGAUUAUAGCCUACAUUGCUCAAGCGGAAACGGGCGAUUGCGAUCCUGAUGUACCGACACACGUGUACGAGGAGUGCCACAAAAUUGGGCCACAGGGUGAAAAACCAGAUGACCAUAUUGAGAAGAUUAUUGAAUAUCACUGCCAGAUAGCUGAUAUGCGAGCUUCACAAGCCGAAUACAGAUUGUUGAAAGAGAUAUCCAAACUCGAAUCUUUUGGCGAAGAAUUGUUUUUCUGCAAACCUGUCACGCAAAGCAAUAACGCCUACAACCUGUACAGUCACUUAUCGUACCAUAGACAAGUUGAAGAGCCGAGAGCAAGGGACGAUCAGGAGAUAGAUGGUGGAGCGACAGUAGGAUGUUUGACAUCAGGACAAAGUGGUGGAGGCUGUGGUUGCAGAUUGAGCACGUGCGUUGGCGUCGGUCCCCAUGGUAUCGUGGUGUACAGACCAGCUUGCAACGGAGACCAAGACAUUGGCGUAGAGAAACAAAGUAUUCCUUACACCGCGAUCCACCGAGCUCAACCACAACGUAGGAUAUUCCAACUCUCUUACGUCACCAACGAGGGUCACGAGGCGACGCUGUACGUCAAAAUGGCGACUUCCGGUCAAGCCGCCGCACUAUACCGCGCUGUCACUGAGAAGCACGCCUUCUAUUGCUGUGAAACAGUUAGGACCGAUGUCACUGAACAAUUCAUCAGAGAUCUAAAGGGCACGAUAGCGUCGAUAUUCAACGACUCGUCGACCCUGGGCCGCCGCUACGUGUUCGACAUCAGGCGUACGUGUCGCGAGGUGCACGACCGCGCACGCCGCGACGCGCACGCAAGGGGCUCGCACGAGCCGCGCCCGAGACGCCGCUCCGCCACGGGGGCUGGACACGAGGAGUCCCGAUCGCGGUCCAGGUCCGGGUCGCACGGGUGCGUGGCGCGCGGCGGCGGGGCAGGCGGGGCGGGGAGCGAGUCGCUAGCGUGUCGCGUGUGCAUGGACGCGCCCAUGGACACGCUGUUCCUGCCGUGCCGACACGUCGUGUGCUGCGACAUAUGUGCGCCAAGAUGCGAACGCUGCCCACUGUGUCGCGGCGAAAUCGAGAAACUAAUGCACAUAUUUCUGCCUGUCGAAUAUCAAAGGAGUCCUGGAGUUAUAAUAAAAUAACGCACCAGACUUUCUGUGUAGCACAGGAAACAGGAAUGAAGAAACCGUCGCGAUUUUUGUCCGAAAAUCGCUGUUGACGUGUGGACAUAAUAGCGUGAAGUGACAAUAUGUUGACGAAACUUCAAAGUGUGGUUCGAGAAGGUUCGAGACUGAAAAGUGGCCUUACAUUUGCAUGUGUGUGUGAUUGUCUAGUCAGAAGUUUGACGUUUUUUAAGCUCAAUUCAGAUAAUUGCGGUGAUCACGGGCUUCUUCUUCUUCUUUUGGGGCUGUUAUUUUGUGAUUUCAGUGUUUAGUGAUGAGUUACUUAACCAUUUUAUGCUAAUCCAAUGCAAUUAAAAAAAAUCUUUAAGUACAAAUAUUCACUAUAAAAUUAUGGGCACAAACUACGAUGUUCAAGAUUACCUACAGUUUUAAAAAUCUGUAUGAUAAUGUACAGUCAAAUAAAAUAUUGAUUAUGAAAUGAUAAGUAGUACGUAGAUAUCAAGUCUCUUGGUUUUUUUUGAGAUUAGAAAAAUCGGCCUUUGAUCGGCGCAAUUGUAUGAAUCAUACCUAAAUGUGCAUUUUUUAUUGUAAUUAUGAUGAUUGUAACUAGUAAUCUGCUCCGAUUUGUAAUGUGUGCAAUUUCUCUUAUUAGUAUAAAACAAAGUUGUUGUCUCAAAAUUAUAAUAAUAUACAUAAUUAUUAUAAUUAUUAUAAAUUCUUCCUCUUUACCCAUUAAAAUCCAUACUUCUUUUCCAUCAAUGAAAGCAGUUGCAUCGUUUAGAAGUAGGGAAAGAACUAGACGGGAACUUUGUUUUAUAUUUUGUUGAGGUAUAUAGGUAUUUAACAUGUAAUUGGAAAAGUUAAUCUUAUCCGAAAUGCAUAAAAAGAAUUAUAAUUCGGUACUUAUUUCUUAGCACUUAAUUUUUUUUAAGUAUUUUACCGAGUAUGAUUCACAUUAAAGUAAAAAUUAACAAAAAGUACUUACAUAAUGGUAAGAGAACAACUACCCUUCGUUUUAGAAGGCGCUAAACAAUAUCUAACUUAGGUUUAUGUUUGUGAUAAACAAUUGGUUGUACCUACUGCAGUGAUGAGAGACCUACCAUAGUGCAACAAUUCUGACAGGUUGUCUAUGGAGACAACAAAAUAAUAUGAUUGAAUAGGCUAGUUGACCCUUUUAUUAAAUAGUCUUAUAUAGUUCAUUAUUGUUCUACUAGAUUGAAAAAGAAAAAAACAUAUUUUUUGAUGAUUAAGUACAUGAAAAUUUUAGUUUCUAAAUAUGUUUUUGACAAUACGAGCCAAAACGCCUGUCGUCCAUGACAGUCUAUAUUUCAACUGGUUAAAUGACGUCACUAUAAUAAAUCAUAAUACAAUAAAUACAAGUGGAGCGUUUGACAAAAAUUUUAGCUAACAAUUAGUUCGACGUUUAGUACAUCAAGUGUGUUAGUGACGUCACAAAAUGGACGACAGCGUUUUGCUGUUUGGAAAUUUUUUAAAAUACGUGAUAUUUAUUAUAUAUAUUAUUAUUCCAUGUUCUAUACGAAAUUAAUAUUGUUGAUAUUAAAUUUGAUAUGAGUCAACCACCCUAUUGUGUUUAGAGGUAGGUACUUACUGUUGCAAUAAUUGACAUACACAUACACCUCUAAUACAGAGGUCAAUGUGUGGACAGGUAUCUUUGCUUUGCAUAAAUGUUGCACAUUUAUAAGUUCACGUAAAUGUAAAUAGCAAAAAUUUAAAUUAAUGUACUGAUUAAAAAAAUAACUGCCCAUUUUGUUCUAAACGGAGGUACAUAACAUGUAUGAUUAAUACUUACACCGCAAGCGUCUUCAUUUUUAAUCUAAAUGAUAAUAGAAAUAUUACCAAAUAAUUGUUUUGUUUUAGGUAAUAAUUGCAUUUCUUUUUCUUAUUUGAUAAAAUAAUUACUUCAAUUGUCACUUUUAAAUGUCUAAGUUAAAGUAAGAGUAAGACCUGUGGUCUCUAAGUUAUUAAAAUAAAAAUGCUAAUAAAAAUACACAAAAAUAAAAAUCUAGACUAAUUGCAA